GUGUUUGUUGCUAUUCGUGAGUUCUUCCAUCGAUGAAUGAGAUGAAUUAAAGGGAGUUUGUCAUUCAGUUUGUGAUAGCACUGGUGGUCAAUGUUCAGAAAACCUGAAAGUGAAAAAAUAGCAAAAGCGACUCUUCUUAGAAAGCCUCCGAGAUCGUGAAGUGGAAAUGGCUUUUAAUUCGACCGGAUGAGUGCGAAUCGGGGAAGAGGUCGAGAGAGGCUUAGGCGAAACACUUCGAUAAAACUGAUAGAAACUCUUAUCGAAGAAAUACUAUAUCUUCGAGCUAUAAAUGGCCAGUCGCUGGCUCUGCCGACACAGCUACAGUGUCAAGGUAAGAGGAGGUCUUCGUAAAAUAAUCACAAGUCAAGCUGCUUCAGUGCCCAUUCACACAGCGACUUCGUCAACAGACUCCAAAAAGUGAGGAAGAAGAAGAAGAAGAAGAAGAAGAAGAAGUUUUCGUCAACAGACUCCAAAAAGUGAAGAAGAAGAAGGGAAAGAAGAGGACUUCGUCAACAGACUCCAAAAAAGUGAGGGAGAAGAAGAGGAGGAGGAAGAGGACUUAGUCAACAGACUCCAAAAGAGUGAGGGAGAAAAAGAAGAAGACUUCGUCAACAAGGGAGAAGAAGAAGACGACUUCGUCAACAAACUCCAAAAAAGUGUGGGAGAAGAAGAAAAGGACUUCGUUAACAGACAACAACAAGUAAAGAAGAAGAAGAAGAAGAAGAAGAAGAAAAGUGAUACUUCGUUAUGUACGGCAAGUGAAACGGCAAAGUCAAAAUAUGUUUACCCGGAAAACAGUCCAAAUCAGCGGAAACGACGCGGGGAAUUCCUUCAUCUCGAAAUGUAGACGGGCAGCCCAGUACCUGUACUUGUUGCUCAUAGUUGUGCUUAAGCUCGGCGGUGACAACGCCGUCGAAUUUGUGGAAAGGAACCUCAGGUUACAGAGGUUCUGCAGACUCCACGAAAACUUCACGGCCCACGAGUGUGACUUUAUGGACCACGACAACUUCACCUAUGUGAAGAACACAACCAACGCUCGUGAGGAGCACUUCGUCACAGUCACGAACUGGAUCUCCGUCCCCGUUUCUCUCUUGGUAAUAUCCUUAGCUGCGUCCUGGAGCGACAGACACGGAAGGAAGUGUCUCAUUAAAGCGUCCGUCGUGGGCUACUUCCUGGCAGCUCUAUCCUACACUCUGUUUACCAUAAUAGAGAGCUUGCCAGUGGAGGUGCUGCUGACUGCCACAAUCCUACGAAGCAUGGUCGGGGGUCCGUCACUCUUCUUAACGGCCGUGUUCAGUAUGAUGAUAGACAAAACAGACUUCGAAGCGAGGCCGAUGAGACUGGGUCGGGCCGUGAACGUCAUCAUCGUGGGGAGAAGCACAGGACUCGCCACAGGACUCGUCUACCAAGAUCUGCCAUUUUGGACUUUGUUCGUGGCUCUCCUUUACUAUAUCUUGGUCAUGUUCGUUGCGACAAAGUUCCUGAAGGAGGUGGCGCCUGAGUUCGAAGGUCGGGUCCCGCCGAGAUGCCGGAACUCCUGCGCGGAUUUCCUCCAUCCCAAAAAUGCGUCCGACCUCGUCCUCGUCGCUUUCAAGAAGAGGCCAGGAAGACGUCGAGUCCACCUGCUUCUCAUUUUCUUCGUUACCUUUUUCCUGUUGUGUUCUCCUCCGAGUUUUUUGCCAGAAUGGGAGACGACCUACCUGGGCUGGGACUCGCUUCAGGUUAUAAUAGUUUCGGCAGCAUUCAUCAUCGGUGGACAGAUAUUUACUUUGGUAGUUCUGAGGGCCACGGAGAGAUCGCCCAUUCUCGACUGUCUGCUAGCAGCAACAUCAGAGGGAAUGACAGCCAUACAGGAUUUGCUGUUAGCUGCCGUGACCCGACCUGACCUCUCGGGUAUUGUUUACGGAGCGAUGGUCUUCUCUCUCUCGCAUAAUCUGGGUGAGGUGGGAAUCAGGCUCGCCCUGACCAAGAUAGGCGGCGAGAGCGAAAUAGGCAGACUCUUCGGCAUCUUGGCGCUGCAGGAGACAGCGAUGACCUGGGCCAAGGAUGUCGCUUUCAGGAGCUUUUGGGAUGCCACCAGAGACAACUUGCCGACGUCCCAGCACGUCCUUUCGGCAUCCUUCGCAUUGCUCAACAGCACCGUGCUAUUUGGGGUCUUCUUCUCCCAAAGGAACCUGGCGAGCAGAGGACGCGAGGAGGGGAGGGAAUUUGUAGUCGACGGAAAUAUCAAGACUGAAGCUAGUAAGGUCGCCGUUAAAUCUGCUCAGGGUUGUGACAAUACAUCGUUUGAAAAGGACUGCAGGUUCUGAUAAUCUACGUAGGUUGGGUGGGCAGAAUCCGUUAGGUCCACACCAGGCCGCCCCUUCUCUUUUUAGCACCUUUGCGUAAGGUCCCGUAAAACGAGAGCUUCGCCUAAACCAACCAAUCAAUCAAUCAAGCGGUUCACUUGAGCAACAUUUUGGAUCUGAUCAUCGAAUACCUCCAAUAAGAAAGGGAUUCGAUUGCGUUUCUAUUAAAAAAACAAUAGAGGAGAUAAACCUUACUUGUAACGAGUCAUAUUUAUAUGCUUAAGGUAUUCUUAUAACAAUUUGAUGUUUCGUCCUCGUGAACCUCAGAGAGGGACUCACUGAUCAGGAGGCCAUGUUGGAAUUCACGUAAGAAAGUAUAUCUUACUUUUACCAGACCACUGAGCUGAUUAACAGCUCUCCUAGGGCUGGCCCGAAUGAUUGGAUAUUUUUACGUGGCUAGUAACCAAUUGGUCACCUAGCAACGGGACCUACAGCUUAUUGUAGGAUCCGACCCACAUUAUAUCGAGAAAUUAAUUUCUAUCAUCAGAAAUAAAUUCCUCUGAUUCCGCGUUGGCCGAUGGAAUUCACGUAAUCUGUCAUUCUUAACUCUAGCUUGAGAGUUGUUUUAAGUAAAUGAUAAGAAGAUGGAUCUUUCCUAGAGAGUGAGGGUCGUUAUCUAGGUCAUUAUAUUUAAAGAUAUUUACAUGUUUUAAUGUAAUCUCCAACGGGCUUGUACUAAACACGACUUUGCAAAGGUGGAUACAUACCGGUUAUUAAAACCCUUGGGUAUACCUAUAGGGAAGAUCCAAAACGAUAGUACAGUUUCAUGUUUUGUCGCACCUCGUUAUAUCUUAAAUUUUCUUUCUGUUUUCUUUAAAAGAUUCGUUCUAUUGUUGAAAAAAUCCACAAUUAUAUAUUAAAAUAUAUUUCUAUGUAAAAAACAAAGACUUUCGAACACCUGAAUGGCGUUCCUCAUCAGUGUAGACGUUAAAAUGCAAAUGGAGAGGAUAGUUUCCUCCUAAGGAGCAUCUAAGAAGGUGAUGAGGAACACCGUUCAGGUUCGAAAGUCUUUGUUUUUUGCAUAGAAAUAUAUUUUAGUAUAUAAUUGUGGAUUUUUUAACAAUUUGUUUUCACGAGACUGAAUUUCUUAACAUUCGUUCUAUUGUUUGUCAGCUGCUUUCACAACUUAUUCUAUAAAUGUUAUUCCC